AUGGACGUCGCCCGUGCUCGUCCUGGGAGUACUGGAGCUGCUGGGCCUGCGGGUACGACUGGAGCUGGAGCUGCUGAGGGUGUUGGCGCUGAGGCUACUGCUGCCGGUCCUGGAGGCGGUCCUGCUGGGGGUGCUACUGGUGCUGCUGGAGGUCCUGGAGCUGGAGGUGCUGCUGGCGCUGGUGCUGCCGCUGGGGGUCCUCGUGCUGUCCCUGCUGUGUCUGGAGUCGCCGCGCGGCCUAGGCCGUACUUCGUUCCGCUCUUUCAGCAGGUUCUUGGUCUCCCGCCUUCUACUGGUCCUCCUCCUCCCUUCGAGUGUCCACAGCCUGUCCCGUCACAGUUACAGUUACAGCCGGCCUCCCCACUGCCCGCUCCUUCUCCCUACACUGGUCCUACUGGAGGUCUUGCUGAGCGUCGUGAGCCUGCGUCUCGCCCUGCGUCGCUUGUCCGUGCUGCUCGCCCUAGUGGUCGUGGUUCGCGUCAGCGUCCUCCUCCUGUCCCUGGCACGCACCGGAUGUCUCUGCGUCCGUCCACUGCUCCUCUGCGUGCCCCUUUGCCUUCUCCUCCUGAGUCCUCUCUUCCUGCUCUUCCUGACCCGGAGUCGGACUCUCUUCGUGCUGCCAGUCCUACUGUCACGCGUCUCCUUGCUACUGUUGUCACUGACCCUUCCUUUGAGUCCACUGCUGCGUCUGCCCUAGUUACUGAGCUCGUCGACUUUGCUGCUCGCUGUCGUCUAGACUACGCUGCUAGUCUUGUUGCUGAGUCUGAGUCUGUCUGUCCUCCGUCCGUCGGGGGUGAGUGUGCCCUUGGCACGGACGUCCUUGAGGACAGGCAGGAGGAGUUCCAGUGUUUGGCUGCUGCUUCACCUCAUCUCGUGUCCGUACUGCUUACCCCUGAGGGAGACCCGGAUGCACUUGACAUCCCGACUCCGCGCUCUUACGCGGAGGCGAUAGAGGGUCCCUACUCCUCUCAGUGGCAGGCAGCUAUGGACGCAGAGAUGGCUUCCUGGAAGUCCACAGGCACCUACGUUGACGAGGUUCCCCCGCCUGGGGCGAACAUCGUCAGUGGCAUGUGGAUUUUCAGGGUGAAGCGGCCGCCGGGUUCUCCGCCUGUCUUCAAGGCGCGUUACGUGGCUCGUGGCUUCAGUCAGCGGCAGGGAGUUGACUACUUUCAGACCUUCUCUCCCACCCCGAAGAUGACCACUCUUCGGGUACUGCUGCACAUAGCUGCUCACCGCGACUACGAGCUGCACUCUCUUGACUUCAGCACUGCUUUCUUGCAGGGCAGCCUGCACGAGGAGAUCUGGCUGCGUCGCCCACCUGGCUUCACUGGGUCUUUUCCUCCUGGCACCCAGUGGAGCCUCCGGCGGCCAGUCUACGGUCUCCGCCAGGCACCGCGUGAGUGGCACGACACACUGAGGACUACACUUGCGGCUCUUGGGUUUGCUCCCUCUACUGCCGACCCGUCGCUGUUUCUGCGCACCGACACUUCUUUGCCGCCGUUCUACAUCCUCGUGUACGUCGACGACUUGGUCUUCGCCACAGCUGACACUGCUGGACUCGCCCACGUGAAGUCCGAGCUGCAGAAGAGACACACGUGCACAGACCUGGUCACACAUGGUGCAGCAGGUCCUUCAGCGCUUCGGCUUCACGUACUCCUCGCCUCAGGCCACUCCUCUGCCUACUCGCCACUCGCUCUCAGCUCUGCCUUCGGAUGA